GUACGUCAACCAGAGAACAUGAUGCCUCCUGCCAGUCAACUCGUGUACUCUCGCAAACACAGAUGAAAUAUUAGAGCUCUAUUGUAUUGGAGGAGGUGGCGUGACACUUCGCCGCGCUCCGAAACACUCUGCUUCUCCUGGUAAGACUGGAGCGGACCGUCAGCGAGCACCGUGGCCGGCACACUGGCAUUUCUACACGCGUUAGCCUCUGCCGACCUCGUUAUCUUGAGGCUCAAGUGGCAGGUCUCUAUCUUCUCACCCCAAACCCUAGUGUUUCACAAACAGCAUGGUCAUGGCUGACUGUCACCAAAAGCCAGUGCUCAGGGGUCCUGUCCGAGUGGGCUUCUACGAUAUCGAGCGAACUCUUGGAAAGGGGAAUUUCGCUGUUGUAAAACUAGCAAGACAUCGUAUAACCAAGACAGAGGUGGCUAUAAAGAUCAUUGACAAGACCCAGCUAGAUGCUGUAAACCUGGAGAAGAUCUAUCGUGAAGUACAGAUCAUGAAAAUGCUUGACCAUCCGCACAUCAUUAAACUGUACCAGGUCAUGGAGACCAAGAAUAUGCUGUACCUAGUGACGGAAUAUGCCAAGAAUGGGGAAAUCUUUGACUACCUAGCCAAGCAUGGACGGCUGAGCGAACCGGAGGCACGACGCAAGUUCUGGCAAAUUCUGUCUGCUGUUGAGUACUGCCACAAUCGUAACAUCGUUCACCGGGACUUAAAGGCGGAGAACCUACUACUAGACGGACACAUGAACAUCAAGAUUGCUGAUUUUGGCUUUGGAAAUUUCUUCCAGUCGGGAAAGCCCCUGGCCACAUGGUGUGGGAGUCCUCCAUAUGCAGCCCCGGAGGUGUUUGAGGGGCAGCAGUAUGAGGGACCUCAGCUAGACAUCUGGAGUAUGGGGGUGGUUCUGUACGUGCUGGUGUGUGGUGCCCUGCCCUUCGAUGGGCCCUCUCUCCCCGUCCUGAGGCAGCGUGUUCUGGAAGGCCGUUUCCGUAUCCCUUACUUCAUGACAGAAGACUGUGAGCAUCUGAUCAGACGGAUGUUGGUGUUAGACCCCUCUAAACGCCUGUCUAUAGGACAAAUAAAGGAGCACAAGUGGAUGUUGAUGGAGGUGCCUGUGCAGCGGCCGAUGUUAUAUCAGCAGACUGCAGAGGGGGAGGCCGGUGUGGGAGAAUACAGUGAACAGGUGCUCAGGUUGAUGCACAGCCUAGGCAUCGACCAGCACAAGACCAUUGAGUCUCUUCAGAAUAAGAGUUACAAUCAUUUUGCUGCUAUCUACUAUUUGCUGGUUGAGAGGCUAAAGGCCCACCGCUGCAGUUUUCCAGUUGAGCCCCGACUCGACGCCCGCCAGAGACGCCCCAGUACGAUUGCAGAGCAGACUGUCGUUAAGACGAGCAACGCUGCUCCUCAGGUGAGCCUCCUGCCUCAGAACAUGCGUCUCCUGCGAUCCCCAGCUAUGCCUCAAGCCUCUGCGGACUCCUUCACAUUCCCACAGUCCACCUCUGCUACUGAGCACAGUUUCAUGGAGGAGGAGGUUGGGACUCCCAAAGUCAACGGCUGCAUGCUGGACCCCUUGCCCCCCGUGGCCGUUCGCAAAUCCAGCGCCUCGUCCCCCAGCAACAUGAUGGAGAUGUCUAUAGACGAAGGCAUCGAGACGGAGGAGCUGGACACUGAGGAUGAUCAUACCCAUGUCUUCAACGCCUAUCAGACGGCCCGCUUUGGUCAGCGCAGACACACGCUGUCUGAGGUCACCAAUCAGCCAGGAAUCGUGACCAGUGGAGGUGGGCUUAAACUGUUCAGUAUGGGUCAUAACCCCUCUCUGGGUAGCGUGGACACCGAGUAUGACAUGGGCUCUGGGCACAGUGACUUCAGUCUGCUUGAGGAUGCGCCCUCUCUUAACGAGGUUGUCCUGGCCAAACACACCCGUCACCCGCCUGACUCCGCCCUUCGUCAGCGCUCUCCCGCUAACCCCACCAUGCAAGCGCUGAGCACCCAGAGGAGAGAGACACACAACGCUCUCCCCAUCAGCUUCCGCGAGGGCCGCAGGGCAUCAGACACCUCACUCACACAAGGUUUGAUGCACACCCAGUUCCAAUUAGAAUCAUGUGGCGAUUAG